AUGGAUUUCAAUAAUUUAGACGAGCAGAUAUCACCCAAUAUGGAGAUCUUCCAGCCGACCAAAGUAGAUACGUUUAUCAUCAAGGCAUUCAAGAUUGUGACAGGCGGGACUAUCUUAAACAGUUAUCAUAUUACAACGUCUUCGUCGAGUCCUUUAAAUAAUGGUAACAGUGGUAAUGCGACUAAUGAUCAAGACGAAACGGAUACAGAAGGAUUGAAUAAUGGGAAAGUUCAAAGGCGAAAGAGGAAAGGGUCCACAAUCCAUCCACAAUAUUCGAAGACGUUCGUCAAAUUAUCGAAGAUAUAUAAUUCGUUGUUAUCAAGUGGACUUUUUGGUGAUAUUUCGACUUCGCCGAAAUCCGAUAUUGAACUAUUUCAAAGAUUCCAACAGAUAUUAAAAGAAUUAGAAUUGAAUUUUGAGAUGAGUCCGUACUCUAAAUACUUCAACAAAGUCAGUGAAACACUGUUCCAAGUGAAAGAAGACAAUGAAUUGACUAUCAAUGACCCAUUUUGGAUUAGUUUAACUGAGUCAAUUCUCAAUUAUUAUAACCCUAGAACAGGGAAAAUCAUCAAUCAAGGUCGAAAGAAAAAUAUUGUCAAGAGAAACGUGUCUGCUGGGAAGAGUAAUAUUUCAACGGAGAACGCAAAUAAUAAUAAUAAUAAUAAUAAUAAUAAUAAUAAUAAUAAUGAUUUUUUUAAUGUAACUAAUAAUAUGCUGAAUGACCCUACUUUAUCUUUACAAUUGCAAAGGAAAUUGCAAAUGAUACCGCAGGAUGUAUCUUCAAGAUCCCUAAAUGGAUACUAUACACAGCCAACUAGUCCUGGAUCAGGAGGGUUCCCAUUCAACUUGGGAGGAACUGACGAUGAUGAUAUAUUGGGUAAUAAUUUUAAUAAUGAUACUGCGGGUAUUCAAUUCAAUUCGAAUGAUGGUAGCAAUAAUAACAAUAAUAAUAAUAAUAAUAAUAAUAACGGAAACAUACCAUUACCAAAUGGGACUAACGGCAACUUCAGUUAUAUGAAUCAUAAAAAAAGAAGAUCCCUAGGAUCAUUGACUUUAGAUGAAUCGGCUGUGGAUGAUUUAUUACGAUUUACCAAUAUAAAUAAAAAACAAAGAACACCGCAAUCUUUCAAUAAUAUUAUUGAUGAUUUUAGAUUUCCAAGUAAUAGUGGACCUGUAGAGAAAGGUCCCCUGACAAAAAUGAAUAAUGUGGAAGUAAUGAAGGAAUCUGGCGCAGGAACGAGUGGUAAUACAAGUGAUAAUAUUAAUAUGACAAAUAUAAAUUCUAACGGACCCUUAACAUCGUCAUCACUUCCAGGGAAUGGCAUCAACACGGGGACCGAUCAGAAUUCAACAGCAAAUUCAGUUUCAAAUACAAAUAUGACGAAUGUUACCGAGACGAAUUCCAAUGGUCAAUCCGUAAUGGAACAAGUGUCUAAUAAUAAUGCCAAUGUUAGUGGGGCUGGUAUGUUGGCGACCCUAGAAAACGAUUUAGUUAAUUCUAAUGGCAAGCAAAAUGUUGUGGGCACGAUGAACGGUAAUAACAUAGACCCAAUUUCCAUGAAUAGUGCGAACAUGUCUGACUCAGGUAGGAUAAACACGAUGCAGAUCACACCUGAAAGUACCAUGAACUCUAACACUGCCAAUAUUAACAUGAGCUCCCAUACUGGGGAAUCGAGGUCAACUUGUGCCAGUACUAGUGCGAUAACUGGUAGUGCAUUUUCUGGACAAGACAAUAAGGGGGUCAUGCAUAACUCGAUGACGAAUGCUCCUAUGUUUGACACACUCUUUCAAGAACUACAUGGAAAAUAUGAAGCUAUUCUAAUGGAAAAGGAUAAGAGGAUAGGCUCUCUGGAGGCAGAACUAGAAUCGCAGAGACAGGAAACUAUGUGGCUACGGAAAAUGCUCAUCGAAGAUAUGGGUUACAUAAGAAGUUUCUUGCAAAACACACAGACCUGA